CUCACGCCAUCUGUCAUUGGUUCAUUCCGAUGCAGACAUUUGCUUUGUGAGAGAUCUUCCAACAACAUUUUAAUAUUUUUCUGUUUUCAAAAUAGACCUUGAAGUCUUAUUCGGCACAAUAACAAUAUUUUACAAAAUUAAAAAGUGACAAACUGAAUCAAUUAUUUUUUCGAAAUUUUCUUCGCAUUUUCCCUUACGUAAUGGGUAAAAGAAAAGCUACAAAUAAUGCAAAUAAUCCUAAUCAAGAUUUAUGCGAUUUUUUGUUGGAACUAGCAGAUUUUGAGCGUAAUGUCAGUAAGAAUGUUUACAAGUACAAUGCAUAUCGUAAAGCAGCUGGAACAUUAAGCACUUUACCAGAGAGAGUUAAGAGCGGAGAAGAAGCAAAAAAAUUACCUGGUAUAGGAGUAAAAAUCGCAAAGAAGAUAGAUGAAUUUCUUCAAACUGGAAAACUGCAAAAACUUGAAGAUAUUAAAAAAGAUGAGAAUAAUGUUGCUAUUAGUUUAUUGGCUCGGGUAUCUGGCAUAGGUCCUGCGAAGGCUAAAGAAUUAGUAGAUGCUGGCAUCAAAACAUUGGAAGACCUUAAAAAACAUCAAAACAAACUCACACAUCAUCAAAAGCUGGGAUUGAAAUAUUUUGAUGACUUUGAGAAGAAAAUACCUAGAACAGAAAUUAUACAAAUAGAGGGUAUACUAAAAGAUGCUGUCAAAGAAAUAAGUCGUGAUUACCUUGUAACUAUUUGUGGAAGUUAUAGACGAGGCAAAGAAGAAAGUGGAGAUAUUGAUGUUCUCAUAACACAUCCUGAUUACAUAUCAAAAGCAAAAGAUGCGAAAAAGAAAACUAUAUCAUUGAAAACAAUUGUUGAAUGUCUCGAAAAGAAAAAAUUGAUUACAGAUACAAUAUCUCUUGGAUCCACUAAAUUCAUGGGAGUAUGCCAAUUACCGGAGAAUAAACAUAAACCUUUCAGAAGAUUGGACAUACGACUGACAUUUUAUGAUCAAUAUUAUUGCGCCAUACUGUAUUUCACAGGAAGUGAUCUAUUCAACAAAAAUAUGAGAGCACAUGCAUUAGAGAAGAAAUACACUUUGAAUGAAUACGCACUUAAACCUCUUACAAUUGAAGGUUGUCCAGGAGAAUCUGAAAAAAUUACUUGUGAAAAAGAUAUCUUUAAGAUCUUAGGUUUGCCCUAUAAAGAUCCAAAAGACAGAAAUGUAUAAAUGCUUUAAAUGGAUAUAAUAAUGUCCUUCCAAUAAAGCCAAUAUGCGAUAAUACCCCACAAAGUUGUAGUCCAUAAAUUCAUAGCAAGGACUGACCAAUGUGUAGGAUGCAUCAAUUUCCAAGCCCAUGGGAAUAAUCCCAUGGUAAUAGUAUGACCGAUAUAGAGAGUAAUCGGAUUUAAACCUAUAAAAAAAUACAAAAUGUGAAGGCUCCUAAUUUUAAUUGCACUUUUAAUGGAUAAAAAAAGCUGUGAUGUAUUUUUGGGCAUUGGAAAAAAAAAGAAAUAAUUAUAUUGAAUAAUAUCACAAACCUGCAUAAAUAAAUGGUGCUCCACUCCAAUAUUGUUUAUAAUCGACAAAGAAAUGUAAGAUUGUAUAUAAUAAAAAUGCAAAACACGAUACAGUCAAAACAAAUGAAAGUGACAUCAUUUUCUUACUGACUGGUAUCACUCCAGAUUCUUUAUCAAAAUUACAUAAUACU